AUGGAUAUUGUCUCUUCGCCUGCUGUUCAACUUGUUGCUUCCAACACCGACAAUGAAACACAUGGUGAGGUAGGACUGUUAGUCGAAGAACAAACGAGUAAAAUCCCGCCAGUCGAUGAACCAAAACCACCGUCAGCCACGCACAAUGGUGAUCUCGAAUCCCGGUUAAACAUUGACCGCCGUUCCAUCGACGUUGAGGACCCGUUGGACCAAGUGGCAUCCGAUGACUUCCCCGAAGGAGGCCUGCAGGCAUGGCUCGUUCUGCUCGGGUCAUUUCUAUGCCUCUACGCCUCCUUUGGCUUCAUGGUUUCGAUAGGCACGAUCCAAGAAUACCUGCACUCGAAUCAGCUUUCCCACUACACAGCUCGAGACGUCGGUUGGAUCCCCUCGGUCUUUGUCUACCUCUCACUCGGCCUGGGCAUUUGGGUCGGUCCUCUCUUUGAUCGGUACGGACCACGAUGGAUUGCCUUGCUCGGUAGCAUCAGUUAUAUCAUCAUGAUGUUCCUUCUGGCGGAAUGUCGGCUUUACUGGCACUUUCUCCUAUGCCUGGGUUUCUUGGGGGGUAUUGGAGGAGCCACGUUGUGCACAACAGGAUUGGCAGUGGUCAGCCACUGGUUCAAACGGCGUCGUGGAAUGGCACACGGACUGGCCAUGGUUGGAUCUUCUUUUGGUGGCACCACUAUCCCUCUUGUCCUUCGGUCGACGUUACCUCGCUAUGGCUACGCUUGGUCCAUCCGCAUCUUAGGAUUUGUGUUCCUGGCAUGUCUAGCCACGGCCAAUGUCUUGAUGAAACCAAGGCUUCCUCCUUCACAAGAGGCAAAGACACGAAGACUCAUCUCUCUGGGUCUGUUCGGUGAUUUGAGGUUCACCUUUCUGACCAUUUCCGUGUUUGGCUUUGAAAUCGUCUUGUUCGGAGCACUAGGUAUACUUCCAACCUACGCCAACUAUGGUGACAACUACCCAGAGGCGACUGGCUUCUAUGUGAUAGCGGUCAUGAAUGCGGUAUCUUGCUUUGGCCGGAUUCUCCCAGGGUAUAUCUCGGACAAGAUUGGGCGAUUCAAUACUCUUCUCAUCAUGAUUGUUUUCACCCUUAUCGUCAUGCUGGUCCUGUGGCUCCCAUUUGGUCACACCAGUCUGGCGGCUCUCUACGUCUUCACAGCCUUGUUCGGGUUCGGUACGGGAAGCUGGAUGGCACUAACACCUGCUUGCAUCGGUCAACUUUGCCAGGCUGACCAAUUUGGCCGCUAUUAUGGAACUCUAUAUUUCAUCGCCAGUCUAGCGACUUUGAUUGGUGUCCCCAUCAGUGGUGAGCUUGUACAGGCUGUUAGUCCACAGAUGCUGGUGGCAUUCAUGUGUGCCGUGCUUGGCUUGUCCAUGGUGACAUUCGUCUUGAGUCGAUGGGCUUGUCUGGGUUGGAAAUGGGACUGGCGGUCCAAGGUUUAG